AACGCACCCAGCUGCCUCGAAGAAGUACAAAAACGCAGAAACAUUUAUUUGAAGAUCUUUCAGAACCAUCUCCCAGGAAAAAUGAUAACAGGAGACGAACAGUGUAAGCAACAAUACGGAGAAGGAUAUAGACAUUGUACACAAAAACAGUCUGACUGUGGGUCACUGUUCUGCACAAGUACCGGCUGGUCGUGCUACAGCAAAGUUGCUCCUCCUCUUGAUGGAACAUAUUGCGCACCAAGACACUGGUGCAUAGGUGGUGAGUGUGUUGACGACGGGUCCCAGAUAAUUAACGGAGGAUGGAGUAAAUGGGGUUCCUACGCGGCUUGUUCACUAACAUGUGGAGGAGGAAUACAGUGGAGAACAAGAACUUGUACAAAUCCACGGUAUAUUUGAAAAGAACUACUUCACAGAUUCGAUACGCCUUUUAUCGCGUUGUUGAGGCUAAUUUGUUCAAUUUUCUGUAAACCAGUUUCUCAAAUAUUCCUUAUGACAUGCCAAUGCCACAACGUAGCUUUAAAGUUGCCAUGGCAACCAUAUAUACA